AUGUCUUCGGCCAAGUCGCUGCCAGUGAAGUCGCCGUCACCUGCCGAGGGGGCGAGGAACGUGAUGAGGACGGUGAAGAGAUUUCUGUUUCAGUCCUUCCUGGUCAUGACAGCGCUGUUUGUGGGUCUCGGGACUUCGGUAGCGCCAUCCAUGGCCGACGCAGGAUCUUCAUACGCACAUGAGCGCGUGGUGAGGAGCUCGACGCCAUCAGAGAGGAGUGGACAAGCGAUCCUUCUCGCUGGAGCUCCUAGCGGGGGGAGCAGUGCGGAGAGAGGAAGCAUCAUGCUGUCCAUGGAGACAAGAUCGGCCAAGGACAACCUGACGAAGCUUGUGAUCGCUGCCUACGUUGCGAUUUGGUCCUUCUUCUACUUCACGCAUGAUGCCGGCGAAGUUAGCGAAUGA